AUGGUAGCCUCUGGCGAUCUGCGAAACGUCGUUAAGACCAUCGCUCAACUUCCUCCAUGCUGGGAUCAGCCCAUGGACAUCACCAUAAACGAUCGUGACCUGAACAUCGUCGGGCGAAAUGCAAUCAUUCUUCUUAUUGCUCUCACAUCUGAUGACGACACUGAAGGUGUCGACUGCAUCAUUCAUACGUGGUACUCGAGCUUCAUCCGCAAGUCUGACCAGGCCAUCAUUGAACAGCGCAUUCGUCCGCUCAUCAAGGCAGUCUGCGACAAGACCAAGGGCAAGUCUGACGACCGCAUGUUGGGCAAGACUUGGGUAUUCGGGAAGCGAUCUCUCAGACUGGUUCUCUCUAAGGGGGCUUGGGACAAGCUCCUGUCCUUCGUCAGCGUCCAUGACGGUUUGACCAUGGAGAUAGCGAACCAGUUUCGAAAAGCCGGGACUCUCGCCGAGUCCCAACGUGACUUUCUCGAUCGCGAUUACGCACUCAUCCCACCCUCUCAUCGAGUCGCCAAGCAGCGGUUCCGUGAAGAUGGAGUCCUUCAGCCCUUUGGGGCGGGACGCAGCGAGUUUACCGUCCCGAACCCGACUCUCUUCCAUGUCCCAUUCUCAUGGCCGAUGGAGUACUCUUGCGAGCCACUCGACGGGUGGCCUGCGAAAGACGUUGAAAUGACUCAACAUGGACCGGCAACUUCCGAAAUUUAUGGGAGGCUCUUCACUUAUCUUCGUUCGGUGCUUAAACACUUCAUGUCCCGUAUUGAGGACAAAAACAUCAGCUUCCAGCUAAUCCACCACAAUGCUAGCGACCUACUUGAUCAACUCAAGAAGGGGUCAUUUGAUCGCAUUGAGGUAUCCAAUCUUUCGGACAAGGCUUAUAUGGGCAUCAAUCUCACGGUCGCCGUAAUGGCACCUUUGCUUCGCUCAUCUACAGCCAACCCUCAUGCAACACUUAUCACCCGCUUCGUGAACGCCAUCCAAGAGAAUAUGACAACUGAGGAUCGUCUUGGAAUGGACAAACUUGACGAUAUGGUGGAAGCCCUUGAAGGUUAUCUUCCCGAGCCUUCGCUUCCUACUACAACCUGGGAUCUCGUCGUAAUCAAGUAUAUCCAUGCUUCGGAUUUGGUCCGAACUUUCGACCAUGUUUUCGACAAGAUUGCACGAAAACUUGAGUUCGACAAGUUUCCGGAAUUCAUGAAGGUCGGGAUCAAAGACCAGCACACCAUCAUUGACAAAUGGCCUUUUAGACUCAAGCUCAAGCCUGGACAGCAAGGUGCACAGAAGGAGUUUGAUCGCAUGAUGGGACCAGGACUGAGUGGAAAGGAGUUCUACUUGGAGUGGAAAAGGGUCUAG